AUGCCUUCUAAAAAAUAUUACACAGAUUUGGAAAAAGGAAAGAUAUAUGCUGUUAAGGAGCUUAAAGAGUCCAUUAUGAUAUUAGAAUGUGAUGAAUCUGAUUCAGAUUAUGCGUCAUAUAAAGCGAGAGAUUGGACUUAUCAACCCAAAAAAGAAGAUUCACAAAGUAAAGUAUAUGUGAAGAAAAAAUUCGCUAGUAAGAAGCUUCAUGAUGAACAAAUCGCCAGUCAUUUAUUUCUCAAGCUAACCAGAUUGGAAUUUAAGGAAUACGGGAUAACAUUAAGACAAGCGUUAAAAUUUGAGGAUUAUAUUAAAGAUCUAUGUGAGUAA